CAGAAUGCUAUUUGUUAAGCAGUAAACAAAAUGUCUCGAACGUUGGUGCAGCCGGUAGGUCAAAAACGACUCACGAACGUUGCAGUGGUUCGUCUAAAGAAACAUGGAAAUCGAUUUGAGAUUGCUUGUUACAAGAACAAAGUCCUCUCAUGGCGUUCUGGCGUCGAGAAAGAUUUGGAUGAGGUGUUGCAAUCACACAUUGUUUACUCAAAUGUUGCGAAAGGAGUUCUUGCAAAGUCGAAAGAUCUAAAGGCGGCUUUUGGGAUGGAUGAUCAGACAAAGAUCUGUCUUGAGAUAUUAGAGAAAGGAGAACUGCAAGUCGCAGGGAAGGAGAGAGAAUCACAAUUAUCGAAUCAAUUUAGAGACAUUGCAACUAUUGUCAUGCAGAAGACUAUCAAUCCCGAAACUCAGCGCCCGUAUACUAUAAGCAUGAUUGAGCGUUUGAUGCAUGAAAUUCAUUUUGCUGUAGAUCCACAUAGCAAUUCCAAGAAACAGGCACUAGAUGUCAUCCGUGAACUUCAAAAACAUUUCCCGAUUAAGAGGUCUCCCAUGAGACUAAGGCUAACUUUACCACAAGACAAGUAUGAUUCUCUUGCAGAAAAGCUUAGUGAGUGGAAAGCGAUCAUUCUCUCUAAAGAUGAAUCUGGAAGUCAGAUUUCUGUUGUAUGUGAAAUUGACCCGGGGAUAUUCAGAGAUUGCGAUGCAUUGGUGAGAAAUCUGCAAGGAAGGUCUGAAAUUCUAGCGAUCUCUGUGCACGGUGAAGGUGAUAUUCAUGCAGAUGAUGUAUCAUCAUCAAGCCAAGAAACCUCGACAUCAACAGAAGUCGUCCAGCAAUUGACUGACAAAAUGCAGAAGCCGACGUUUGUGAGCGAACCCACCAGCGACCUAAAGCAAUGCACUACAUGUGAUGCAGUUGUUGGGGAUGCUAAACAAUAUAGAGAACACUUCAAGAGUGAUUGGCAUAAGCACAAUUUGAAGAGAAAAACACGACAAUUGCCUCCCCUUUCUGCAGAGGAAUGUGCGGCUGAUGUGGAACUCACCGACUCAAAGAAAGAUCUCAGUGAAUACUCCUUUUGAGGUUUGUUUUUCAUUUGGUUGUCCAGGUCAUAUUGUGUGUUACAAACCCAUCUUUUUGAUGAAGUAGGAGACUCUUAAAUUUUGAAGUUUAAAUCAUAUGAACAGUGUAUACUUUGGACCGGUAAAACUCACUUUGUGUGUGUAAAACUGGAAAUGAGCUUCUUUAUCAACUCAAUAUAUGUGUGUGACCAUGCAGGUUCAUGUGUUA